UAAUAAAAUUACAAAUGAAAAGUGAUAUAAUGGCAUUUCUUAUCAGACUAUGAGAAUCGUUUAAGACUGAUUUUUUACACCAGGGCACCCAUGUACAAGCAGAUGUCCACACACACACACACACACAUAGGGAGGAGGAAAUCUGCCAAUCCCGGGCUAAAAAAACUGACAGAUGACUCAUUCUUUGCCUUUGCUCCAUGCAACAUCUGCAACUUAGAGUAUUUGCGGUCAUUAAGCCCCUCCAGCUUUAAGGAGGAUGCCCUGAUGGUGGACAAUCGUAAGGCAGGAAACACGGCCAAACAAGGGAAUAAAUGCCUGAAGAUGUAAUGGAUAUCCACUGGUAUUUACCUCGUAUGUCGUCAUAUGCAGGACAAGUUCAUAACCUCUGCUUGAAUCUAUGGGAGGGGCUCUGUGAUGCUGAAGCUGCUAAUGGAUUGCUGGAAAGUUUAUACAUGCAGAGUGGGGACGUUUGGAAUAUUUUGAACUGAUCACACCAGAGCUCAUUGGUGUUGCAGCUUGAUUUUGUUUUUACCGUUUUAAGUUUCAAUUUUCAAAUGUCUUCUUAAUGAAAGUGACGCGUUUGAGUCCACGUUGCAACAGGAUUUUAUUUGGAGGGUCACUUUGUGAUUCAGACAGAUGUGACCUUCGGGACCACAAGAAGAUUGAAUACUAAAAUACUAAAACCUGACUGAAAAGGUAAGAAUAGAAAGAGCUGUGUGGAAAUAGGGCCACAGGGAAAAUUUUGUGACUAAAUCUUGAUUACUGUGUAUUAAAACAAACAUGUGUGAUUGGGCAAAUUAUUGUAAGAUAUUAUUGUGUUGCUCUUUAGAUUUUCCAUCAUUUUAAAAUCAUAUCAUUGACAGAUAAAUACAAAAAAAUACAAUUAAGAAUAAAAAUGAGCAUGAGCAAACUUGACAGGUCUGAUGACUAAGCUACUAAUGAGGGAAACCUUCCUGUAGUUGUAGUUUUCCUUCACAAUGCUGUUUAAUUGCCUUGUCUAAUAUUGUCCUCUGUCUCUCUCUGUUCAAACCUCUUCAGGUUCACCUAUAAACCCUCUCACCAUGGAGCACUCCCCCUCUAUGAACUUGUCAGUGGUGGAUGGAGACGAGGUGGAGGACCAGCGCCCGCUCCUCCCACCGCGGAUGGUCCCUCCACCUCAGCCCUGCUCUCCGCAAUGUGGGAUACACCAAAACAUUCAAACAUCAGCCGAUCACACCGUGUGGCUGGACAGAACCCAGGCCAUGGCCACCACACCUUUAUACAACGGCCACCUUUAUGUGACACCUUCACCGCGGUCCAACAGGAGGGGAGACAAAGGCAAAGAGAAGAAAUGUGAGAAAAGGUCAGGGGGGAGUAGACAAAAUCCAGCACACAAGCAGCAUAAUCACCAGUGCAAAGCCAGAAACGCAGGAUCUCACGGACUCCAGGAGAAAGUCACCUCUUUCACUGACAUCCCGGUGUCUCCCUGCAGGUCACCCUUUAAGAGUCCCUGCAGGUCACACUUAGACAUCAAAGAUGUUGAGGGCAGAGGGCGCCGCAAGUCAGGCAACGUUUCUUUGGAGAUGCACGACCGCCAGAGUCUCCCAGAGAUCAUCAUCACCAGCAAAGAUGACGACUUCCAGCCACACAAUGAGACGUCCCAGUAUCGCCAGGACCUGUCUGAGGCCAAAGGCCUGCUGCCAGGAGUCGAGGGUCCCAGUCCGAGCCCCAGUCCCAGUUCCCAUCCCAGCCCAAAACACAAGGUGGACGCCAAGGACGACCCGUACUGGAAGACCCACAACAUCGGCUGGCGACUGGUCCACAGGAGGGCUCUGUUUUUGAGGAGGCAGCGGCUGAACGACUGUGCCCUGGCGGUGGGGAUAUUCGGGGUGGUGAUGAUGGUGACGGAGACAGAGCUGUCCUGGAGUGUCUACAGCAAGAGCUCCAUCUACUCCCUCGCACUCAAGUCCAUCAUCAGUUUCUCUACGAUUAUCCUGCUGGGCCUCAUCAUAGCGUACCACUGCUGUGAGGUGCAGCUCUACGUUCACGACAUUGGUGCAGAGGAUUGGCGGAUUGCCAUGACAACCGACCGUUUGGCUCUGGUAGCCCUGGAGCUGGCAGCGGUGGCCAUUCACCCCUAUCCAGUGGGUCUGAUGACGUACUUCCGGCAGACCUUCCAGCACACCCCUGCUCGCCUGACGCUGUCAGAGACGGAGCUGGAGAUUGUCCUGGCUCUGCCCAUGUUCCUGCGGCUCUACCUGCUGGGCCGGGCCAUGAUGCUGCACAGCCGCCUCUUCACUGACACCGCAUCUCGCAGCAUCGGAGCGCUCAACAAGAUACACUUCAACACUCGGUUUGUGGGGAAAACACUCAUGACCACCUACCCCGGGACUGUGCUGAUGAUUUUCAGCGUCUCUCUGUGGAUUGUGGCAGCGUGGGGCUUACAUGUUUGUGAGAGACACCACAACUACAGGGACCUGAGUAGCAACUACAUGGAGGCCUUGUGGAUGGUCUCGGUCACCUUCUUGUCCAUCGGUUAUGGAGACGUGGUGCCUCACACCUACUGCGGUCGCAGCAUCUGCCUCCUCACUGGGAUAAUGGGCGCAGGCUGCACAGUCCUGGUGGUGGCGGUGGUUGCUAGGAAGCUGGAGUUGACCAGAGCAGAGAAACAUGUUCACAAUUUCAUGAUGGACUCCCACAUCUCCAAGAGGAUAAAAAUUGCUGCAGCAAAUGUGCUGAGAGAGACUUGGCUUAUCUACAAACACACUAAGCUGUCAAGAGAAAGAGACCACACCAGAGUUCGCAUGCACCAGCGGAAGCUGCUUCUGGCCAUCCACCAGCUGCGGCGAGUAAAGAUAGAGAAGAGGAUACUUGCAGACCAGGGCAACACACUUGUGGAUCUCUGCAAGAUGCAGAACAUGAUGUAUGACGUGCUGUCGGAGGUGCAGGGCUGCAGGGGGGAGCUGGACACACACAUCCACAGCCUGGAGAAGCACGUGCAGGAGCUGAGGGAGGGCUUCAGGAGCCUGAUGCCGCUCCUGUCCAGCACCCUGUCUACGCAGAACUCCUCCAUCCGCCACCUGCUCAAGGAGAGGGAGGUGAAGACGGAGACUGCGAGCGCGAGUGUAGAAAGGUAGAGAGGCUGAGGGAGGUGAUGGGGAAGGAAUAAAGGCUUCUCAGGUGCUCCUCGAGGAGUUUUCUGCCUAUAAUGCAGCUAAAAUGGUCAUGUUGGGACAUUUUUCUUACAGAAGUGGACAGAACAAGGUGAAGGCUGUACAGAAGAACGUAAAAUUGUAUUAAAAAAACAAAUAGGUAGUACCCUUUUGUGUAAGAAACACCAUAAAACCAAAAUGUAGAAAUUGGUCAUAAUUCACUUAUGAAGGCAUUUUGCAUGUCUCCUAGUGACAGAAAAAUAACCUGCCACCGAAACGUAAAACAUUUUUCAAUACUAAAGCUGCAGUGAUUAGUCGAUUGAGAGUAAAAUAAUUGGCAACUCUUUUGACCAAUAAAUCGUUUCAAGCAGAAAUGCCAAACAUUAGCUGUUUUUCUUGGUUGUACAUUAUAGUAAAUUGAAUAUUUUGGGGUUUUGACUGUUGGUCAGCUAAAACAACCUGUUUUAGGAUAUUGUCAUGGGCAUUUUUCACUGUUUUCUGAUGUUUUACAGACUACCUGAUAACUGACUAAAUAAUCAGCAGAUUAAUUAUAAUUGUUAGCCCUAACCAAUACAUUAACUCCAACCACAAAAAUAAACAAGGACAGUUUGAGGACUGUCAUCACUCCCAUGUCAAUGAGUAGCUUUUCCUGUAAGCACUGCACUUUUUUCUGAUUAUGUAAUAAAAACUGCAUACAUUUAAAGUUUGGUAUGUAAUAUAAAGAUCUUACAGAAUUAUGACGAUAACCUGCAGUACUUUCUAAUAAAAAUGACUGCCUUUGUA